AAACAAUCUUGCUUCCCGAUGAGACUGCUCAGAGGAUGGGCUCAGCGAAGGCCCUUCAUGGCCCCCUUUCCCAUAGGCUAUAUCCCGACGGCCUGGUUCUGCCCGGUGAUGUUUUGGUGCAUAAACAGCCAAUGCGUCGAUGCUUAAGUGGGUAAAAUGUUUGGUCACAUGCCCAGAGUGGAGUUGAUGAUCUCUGCCAGGGUCAGGCAGGAAUUUUCCUCCUCUGACAAACUGGCCAAGGCUGGGUGGUUUGCUCCUUCCCCUCUCGCUCCGGAAGGCUGGGCAGAGGUGCUGGUUGCGCAGGCCAUGGGCACCGCACCUGCCGCUGCUGCCUCUGACUCGUGCAGGGCGAGAAGUCCCUCUGGCUGCACGGACCCUCCCUGGGCGGACGUGGUGAGUGAGCCGGCUCUCGGGAGGGCGAGGAAGCCCCUGGAGUCAGCGGGGACUUCAGCCUCCAUGCCUUCAAGGUCUCACUUUGAAAGGGUGAUGUUGGACUCAGUGACACACAGCACCUUCCUGCCCAACGCGUCCUUCUGCGACCCCCUGAUGUCCUGGACUGACCUGUUCAGCAAUGAAGAGUAUUACCCUGCCUUCGAGCACCAGACAGCCUGCGACUCCUACUGGACGUCCGUCCACCCCGAGUACUGGACGAAGCGCCACGUCUGGGAAUGGCUCCAGUUCUGCUGCGACCAGUACAAGCUGGACACCAACUGCAUCUCCUUCUGCCACUUCAACGUCAGCGGCCUGCAGCUGUGCAGCAUGACCCAGGAGGAGUUCGUGGAGGCGGCGGGCCUCUGCGGGGAGUACCUGUACUUCAUCCUCCAGAACAUCCGCUCCCAAGGUUACUCCUUCUUCAGUGACGCUGAAGAGUCCAAGGCCGGCAUCAAAGACUAUGCUGAUUCCAGUUGCCUGAAAACAAGUGGCAUCAAAAGUCAAGACUGUCACAGUCACAGUCGAACGAGCCUCCAAAGUUCUCACCUCUGGGAAUUUGUGCGCGACCUGCUCCUGUCUCCCGAAGAAAACUGCGGCAUCCUGGAGUGGGAAGACAGGGAGCAGGGCAUUUUCCGGGUGGUGAAAUCCGAGGCCCUGGCCAAGAUGUGGGGACAAAGGAAGAAAAACGACAGAAUGACGUACGAGAAGCUGAGCAGAGCUCUGAGGUACUACUAUAAAACGGGAAUUCUGGAACGGGUCGACCGAAGGUUAGUGUACAAAUUUGGAAAAAACGCACACGGGUGGCAGGAGGACAAGCUAUGACCGGCUCCAUCGCCUGGCUCCUGUUGAUGGAUUUCUGUUUUAAAGCAAUCACGUCGCAAUAGACAUUUGCAAGUCUUGGUUUUCGGUUUGUUUGUUUUUUGAAACGUGCAAACAUGCUGAUAAAGUUUCUCCACAUCUCCGCUUACAUUUGGAUUCAGAGUUGUUGUUGUCUCCUCACGGGUGAUGGCAGCAACCCUUAAGAAAUCCCACUGCUCUUUUUUUUA